AUGGUACUUUCAUUAGAAGAAGUUGGCAAACAUAAUACCAGACAAGAUUGUUGGGUAAUUAUCCACGAUAAAGCUUAUGAUUUGUCGCACUUUGUUGACCAACAUCCAGGUGGUGCAGCAGUCAUAUUGAAGUAUGCUGGGAAGGAUGCUACUAAAGCAUUCGAUCCUAUUCAUCCAGGAGACACUUUGCAAAAAUAUUUAAAGCCUGAGUUUCACAAGGGUGAAGUUGAAAAGAGAAAACCACAGCCAAAGAAGAAAGUUAAUGCUGCUGCGGCACAGCAAAAACAGCAGGUGGCAGCACCAGCACCAGCACCAACGAGUUCACACAAUGUGGUGGAUGAAUACGAUGUGGAGUAUGAUGAGCAAGGAGAUAAAGAUCCAAUACCUGCAGGAAACAACGGUUCUGUGCAAUUGGCAGCACCAGCAACCAAGGAAGAAGAAGAAGAAGAAGAAUACUUGGAUGAAGAUGGAAAUCCCGUUUCAAAACAAGAAGCUUUGCGUUUAAAGAGGGUCGAGAAGAAACCAGAUUUGGGUCAAAUAUAUAAUUUGAACGACUUUGAGUUUGUGGCGAGACAUACUAUGGAUAUAGCAGGUUGGGCUUACUAUUCGUCAGGAUGUGAUGAUGAGAUCACUAUGAGGGAAAACCAUUUAAGCUAUCAUAGAGUGUACUUUAGACCAAGAGUCAUGGUUGACGUUACAAAUGUUGAUAUUUCAACUAAAAUAUUGGGUAGUUCUUCUUCAGCUCCUUUUUACGUUACAGCAACGGCAUUGGGAAGAUUGGGACAUCCAGACGGUGAAUGUGUUUUGACUAGGGCUUGUGGUAAACAGGAUAUCAUCCAAAUGAUUCCAACGUUGGCUUCGUGCUCGUUUGAUGAGAUUGUCGACCAAGCUACUGAUAAACAAACCCAAUGGUUCCAGUUGUAUGUUAAUGCCGACCGUGAGAUUUGCAGAAAAUUGGUGCAACAUGCAGAAAAAAGAGGUAUCAAGGGAUUAUUUAUUACCGUUGAUGCACCAUCUUUGGGUAGACGUGAAAAGGAUAUGAGAAGUAAAGAAGUUAUUGAAGACUUGAGUUAUAUUCAAGAGGGUGACGAGACUGCUGUUAGAGAUCAAGGUGCUGCCAGAGCCAUAUCGUCUUUUAUAGACACUGGCUUGAAAUGGGACGACUUGAAAUGGUUUAGAUCGAUUACCAAAUUGCCAAUCGUCUUGAAAGGUAUCCAGUGUGUUGAAGAUGCAGUUAAAGCAGCCGAAUUGGGGUGUGAAGGUAUUAUUUUGAGUAAUCAUGGUGGUCGUCAAUUGGAGUUUUCACCUUCUCCCAUUGAAGUUUUGAUUGAGGUUAUGCCCGUGUUUAGAGAGAGGGGAUUGGACAAAAAGUGCGAGGUAUACAUAGACGGAGGUGUUAGAAGAGGUACUGAUAUUUUGAAAGCUCUUUGUCUUGGUGCCAAAGCUGUUGGUAUUGGUAGACCAUUCUUGUAUGCCAUGUCUACUUAUGGAGAUGCUGGAGUCAUCAAGGCCAUGCAGCUUUUGAAAGAUGAACUUGCUAUGAACAUGAGAUUAUUAGGUGUUACGAGUUUGGACCAAUUAAGCCCCGAUUAUGUUGAUACUAGAAAUUUCGCAAACAGAUUUGUUCCAGAAGAUAAGUUGUUUAAAACUGUUUAUCAACCUAUGACAACUCCAUCAUUCAAAGAUAGCAAGCUUUAA